AUGGCCAAGGUUUACUGUCAACAUGAGGACAAUAUUAAAGAUGCAGUAAUUACUUUGAAUCAAGCAGUUCUGAAGAAGAUCUUGGGUAAAUACAAAGAAGCGGCUAAUCUUGCUACCACUGCAGCUUCCUUGUGUGAUGACACCUCUAUGAGAACAACAAAUUAUACUCAACUACCAGUGAAGUUGCUGGGAAGAGCUGCUGAUAUGUUACAAGAGUUUGGAAACCAACAAAUGUUGAAGAAGAUUCUGAGAACUGCUGUUCACUUUGACAUCCCAGGUGCUGACAAAGCUGUUACACCUGUUUUAUCCAGGCAAUUGAUGAAAAUCCAGCUUGAGGGAAUGGAUAAAAAAAUUGAAGCCAAAGAAGUGAAAGAUUUUAUCUCCCAUUUUCUUGCUUUGCCGGCUAAACCAGAUGCUUUUAAGAUGUCCAUGAAUGCUGAGUUCAUAAGAACUGUUAUCCAGGCAGCAAAGAUUUGUCGCAAUGCUGGUCAAAGCAAAGAAGCUUGCGAGUUAUUAAAGAAGUUGCAAAGUAUUCUCCUUCUUGUCCAUGGUGAAAAUAGUUUUCUCUAUGGAUCAUUAUUAUACCAAAUGGGCCUCUUCCUGCAUGGCUCCGGAAGGUUUAAUGAUGCUGAGACUGCAUUGAGGCAGGGUGAAGGUAUCUUGAUUUGUUAUUGUGUAGAAAAUCAUCAUUCAGUUGCCUUGUGUCGGAAAGUCCUGGGUUCCUGUAUUCUGCUAAAGGGCAAUGCCAAAGAUGCCUCAGAAUACCUAAAUAAGGCCUUGACAAUUUUCAAGAAGCUAAGUCCCUUUCAUCCAGAAGUAGGAGAGAUUCUUUUGAAACUUGCCUUCUUGUAUUCUGAAGAAGGAUUAAGUUUUCAGCAAACCCAAGAAACCUUGCAAGAAGCAGAAGCUAUUUUCAAAUUAUCCUGUGGUGAGGUAUCUUGCAAGACAGCUAAUGCAUACUUUCAAGUAGGAAUGAUCUUGCAGAGGUUUAAACAGUUCCGUUUGGCAGCUGUUAAGAAAAUACAGAAAGGCAUAGAUGUGAUGUUAAAUCUUGGAUUGAGUUUAAAUCAUCCUGAUGUCAUGUUUUGGAGCAGUUUUCUGGGCGUCUUAAAGCAGUCCUUGGGCAUGGUGAAAGAGGCAGAAAAGUGCUUUAUUGAUGUCCAAAACAGUGUUCCCUUUUGUGAUGAGCCAGGCAGCAAGGAAACAGAAAUCCGUACAUCCGAAGACUGGUUCCUACACUACAGAGACAAAGCUGUCGAUAGAAGUGACAGAUCUUCAUCAGUGACAGCUCAGGUAAUGGACCAAGUAAUGACAAGUAAUGGACCAUUGGGGGCUAGGGACUGGGAGAGGGAAGGUGCUAGACCAAAGCAGGUCAGCAAGAAGGGUCGUUCAGAGGUGAUGCAGAUAGCAAGUGAAUCCCCUGUCCCACCGUUUGAUGCUUUUUUGGCAGAGAGCUCAAAUGAUUCAUCACUAUCUCAAGGAGGACGUGUUGAAAGAACUUCAACGGAGAGGGAGCAACGUGGACAGUUUGAGAGAAAAAUGACCUGCCAAGAAUGGUUGACAAGAGAACAAACGGCUAGAAAAAGAGACGAGAGGAAUGAUAGGGACAUGCAAGAUGCUGCAAGGAGAUCAGAAGAAGAAAAUGCUGCUGCGUCAGAACAGUCGACAGAGAGUCCAGUGUUUUCAGAGACCUCCUUCGUUGAACUAUCAUUGAGGGAAGAGGAGAGACGUGAACAGGUUGUAGGGAGAAGCAGCGAACAGAGGGCCAGAGAAGGAAUAAAAAAACAAGAACGUGAGAUGAAGGAAGCUGGAAGUUGGCCACAACAAGGGGGAACUACAUACUCACAACAACUGCAUGAGAAUUAUGACAACCAAAGUAAAUCAUCUUCAUCCAGCACCCAGAGUGACAAAAUAACUGUGGAAGACAUGUCCUUUGUACAACAAGAUGCUUUUCUAGAUGCAAAAGUGACAGGUAAUAGACCAUUGGGGGCAAGGGACUGGGAGAGUGAAAGUGAUAAAUCACAGCAGGUCAGCAAGCAAGGUCUCUCAGAGGUAGUGCACAUACCAAGGGAACCCCCUGUCCCACAGUUUGGUGCUUCUUCUGUAGACAGCUCAAAUGACUCAUCCCUUUCUCAAGAACAACAUGUUGAAAGAACAUCAAGCGAAAGGGAGCAAGGUGGACAGUUUGAAAAGGAAAUAAACUUCCAAAAAUGGAUAAUAAGAGAAAAGGGAGCUGGAAAAAGAGGAGAGAAAAAGGAAAGGAAGAUCCAAGAAUCUAAAAGGACAUCGCAGGAAGAAAAUGCUGAUGCUGUUUGAGAACAGUCGACAGAGAGCUCAGUGUUUUAAGAGACCUCCCUGGUUACACCAUUAUUAAGGGAGGAGGCGAAACGUGAUCAGUUUGUUGCACGAAACAGUGAACGGAGAGCCAAAGAAAGGACAAGAAAACAAGAAAGGGUUGUACGCGAAGCUGGAAGCUGGCCACAACAAGAGGGAACUACAUGCUCUCAGCAACUGCGUGAGAAUUAUGACAACCAAGGUGCAUUGUCUUCAUCCAGCAUCCAGAGUAACAAAAUUGUGCAAGAAACUCCUUUGUUACAGCAAGGUGCCUUUCUAGAGGAAAAAGUAACAAGUAAUAGACCAUUGGGGGCAAGAGACUGGGUGAGUGAAGGUGCUAAACCAAAGCAGGUCGGCAAGAAAGGUCGUUCAGAGGUGGUGAAGAUAGCAAGUGAACCCCCUGACCCACGGUUCGGUGCUUCUUCUGUAGACAGCUCAAAUGACUCAUCACUUUCUCAAGGACGACGCGUUGAGAGAACUUCAAGGGAAAGGGACCAACGUGGACAGUUUGAAAGAAAAAUUAACUGCCAAGAAUGGAAGAUAAGAGAACAGAGAGCUGCAAAAAGAGGAGUGAGAAGGGAAAAGAAGAUGCAAGAAUCUCAAAACAGAUCACAAGAUGAAAAUGCUGCAUGCUCACAGCAGUUACGUGACCAAUGUUCAUUGAACACAUCCAAAACCCAAGGUGGCAUUGCGGAAAAUAUCCCUUUAUCACAGCAAGAUGCCCUUGCAGAUGCAGGGACACCAUCAGCUGCAACUGAUCGAGAACGUGAUGGUUUAACUGACGAGUUUUUGGCAAGACACACCCAAGACAUGUCCCUUCGUGGUAGUCUUAAUCAGCAUUGGCACAGAUAUGUCAUUGCCCCCUGA